AUGAAGGAAAUGCUAGCCUUGGGAGAAAAGGUGGCUACCCUCAAGGAGAAGCUUGCUUCUUUGCCGGAAGACAAGAAGGAGCGGGCCAAGGAGACUCUUGGCAUUUCUUCUUCUGCGUUUCUGGACAAACUGAACGAUCUCAAGGGCAAGGUUGAUGUUCUGUACGAGAAGAUCACGGAUAUCUCAGCCCGGGUCGAGGUCAACAAGUCAGUGGACAAAAAGGAUGAGAAGUGCGAAGCCGCCAUCAUGGAUGUCUUGACGAAUGCCAAGUGCAGUGUAUGGAAUGGCUUGGACCGCAGCACUCGGCCCCUCCUUCGCAAGCCGAAGGCUGAAAAGAAGGAAAACGCAGAAUGUCCAAAGAAGCCCUCCGCAACAGCCAAGUUCAUGGCCGAUGCUGUCGGAUCUGGAGUGCCGUGCAAGAAGAUGGUAGACCUUGCAAAAGCAUUGGACGCCGAUGGUUUGGGAGCUUUCCAGAGCGCAGGCUGCGACUUUGUGCAGAAGGUUGCUCGGUUGAAAACCUCUGAUGCUGAAGAAAAGAUGCAUGGCUUGCUGGAAGCUCAUGGUCUUAGCCUGCCCAUUCCUCUUGAUACGAUUAUGAACAAGAAAGAUCUGAACGGGUUUCCUCGGCUGAAGCCUUUGAACAUAUUUGCUUAUAUGGCAGAAACAGGACAUCUCAACAAACUCCUGGGAGGGAGAAGUCCUAAUGCUGCCCAAGGCAUUCUCACUGAGUUUUGGUCAAACUAUCAGAAGAUACAUCCCGACUUUGAGUUGUUCGACAAGGAUGAUAGUAUACUUCUUCAAGACUGUAUCCCCAUUAUGGCACACAUCGAUGGAGGGAGAGGGUACAAGAAAUCGGAGAACAUGAUCUUUGAUUGGAGUGCCGUCAUCGGCAGUGGACGUGGGAAAAAGAGUGGGAAGGAUCCUGGUAUUCGAUCGUUUCGGAAGGUUGGUGACAAAGCUCGACUAGCUCUGCUGGGUCAUUCCUACGAAACCCAUUAUUUAUAUGCUUCCAUGCCGGCUGCUUUUCACAAAGCAAACGAAAGUGCGUUCCAGCAGCUCUUGGAAACAUUUGCUGAAGACUUACUUGAAUGUUUCGAGGAGGGCAUUGCGUACCAAGGCCGCGUACUGAGACUAGUACUUUUAGGACUCAAAGGCGAUCUAAAAAUGCAGGUUCGAGCCGGACGAUUGACACGGUGGUAUUCAACGGCUAGGAAGAAGCCCCUUGAUCCUAGCAAGCCCAUGAAAGUGACGGGGCAAUGCUGUCCCUGGUGUCUGGCUGGGGAUAUCAGUCUUCCGUUCGAAGACAUUGGAUCCAAGCUUCCGGCGUGGAAGGUGCAGAAGGAUCUCGAGCAGCAAGCCGGCGUGCCAGAACCACCCUGGACAACGCCAGGAGGUAUGUUACUAUCUUCACUUGGAUACAAGAGGGACCCGGCUAAAUUCUAUUUGCCAGAUCUGUUUCACAUCUAUUUGGCUGGUGUUGGACAAGAUUUUGCAGCAUCCUGUCUGGUGUAUCUGCUGCCUAUCUGCUUUGCUGGUCCAAUGGGAGACAAUUCAGUCGAGGCCCAGCUAGAGAUCUGCACAAAGUCUCUUCAACAGUGGCGAAAAGAAGCCAAGGCCCCAUUGCACCUCACUGUCCUCAACCGUGAGAAACUUACAUAUACGGACAAUACGAAGUACUACCCAACGGGAACCUGGAGCAAGUGUGCGGACACGACAACCCUGGUCAGGUUCAUACAGUAUGUCUGCAGUCAGCACCCAGACAAAUGCAAGCGAGAUGUGGACCCGAUCAUGUUGUACAUGCAGCAAGCUUGCGAUGCAGUUGGAGGCUUCAUGCAGGGCCUUUACAACGCCGACUUGUGGAUUGCUGCUCUCUUGCACAUGCUUUCUUCUAGUCGGUCAAUAUAA